UUUAGCUACAUCAUUGUUGUCCUGGUCGCUAUUGUACAUGUGUCUCAAGCGAGAAGACUUCAUCAUGGCGAUGUUGCUAAUACCAGAGACGUUGCUGAUAUGGUACUUACUACGGAGGACGUUGCAGUGUUGAAGAUGCUGAAGAAUAAUGAAAUACUGGGAUCAUUGCUUGAUGGGGAAGAAAACAUGACUGAAGUCAGAGCGUUCGGCUGGAAAAUAUUUCCAGGUACUCAUUGGUGUGGAAAUGGAGAUAUUGCAAAAUCAGACAGCGAUGAAGAUUUGGGAUUCUUCAAAAAGGUUGAUAGUUGCUGCAGAACUCAUGACAAGUGUCCUAGGAGUCUAAAUACUGGAGCAAAGGGUUAUGGUACAACAAACACUGGAAAAUACACAGCCAGUGACUGUGCAUGCGAUAAUCAAUUUAAAUCGUGCUUGAAGAAGGUUCCAAAGGGGAAAUUGAAGCACGUAAAGACACGUCUUGAAUACGGUUCCGCAAGAUUAAUUGGGAAGAUAUUCUUCAACUUUUUAAAAAUGAAUUGUUUGAAAUUUGAAGAACCGCAACAAGCAGACGACAUAAGUGGAGAUGGUGCAGAUGACUCAAAUACAGCACAAUUGGUCCCACCAACACCUUUUUGA